CGCUUGUCCAGGCGGCGGUGCUCGCGAUAACUGCUGUAAGACAGCCGCAGGCUCGCACCACUGCAACUGCAGUGCGCUCGCGGUCGUUGUUGGCUCGAAUCCACUGAGUUUGCGCAUCUCUCCGCUCUUUCACCUUGCGCACUGCAAUUUGCACUCAGUCGCCGCUUUCUCUCAUUUAUCGCGGUUGCGUAUAAACGGCAUCGCUGCUGAGCUCCAUUGCAUUUGCUCAUUACGCAGAAGCGUUGCACCGUCCAGGAACUGCAGCUCAUCAACGAUGCAGCGCCUCCUAGCGCUCUUCGCCGCCGCGACCGCGUUAUACGUAACGCCGCCGCCGCGCCUCCGACGCACAACAGUCAAAGGCGACAACGACGACGUCACCGAGGCCGAUGUAAGGAAAUGGAUGGAGAGCGCCGACGUCGACGAAUUGUUAAAAGGCGGCAUCGACUUAGAGGAAAUAGAAGAGCGCGAGCUGCCGGAGAUGAAAAUAGAUAAGAAGGAGUACGACGCGUCGCCGUACGUGGGAGACUUCGACGGCACGGACGACGAAUUGGAGGCGCCCUGGCGGACGGAGGCGGCCCAGAUUUGUCGGGAGGCCAUCGCCGCCAUCGGCUUGGAGUGCGCGGACGUGUUCUGGGAGCCAGGAGUCCUACGCUUGACGGUCAAGAAGUCAAAUGGCGAGGCGCCCGACGCCGAGGAGACGGCCGACGCUUCAAGAGCUGUCGUGGCCGCGCUCGAGCCGCGCGACGACGAUUUGCGCGUGCUCGCGCGUCAUGGGGUUGAGGUCACGUCGCCGGGCGCGUCCGACCUGAUCACGACGCAAGCGGCCUUCGAGGCCUUCAAGGGCUUUGACGUCACCGUGCGGACGCUGAACCCCAUCGAGGGCGGCGAGGAGCGCACCAUCGAGGGGCGGCUCCAGGAGCGGACCACGACGGACGUCGUCAUCAACGUCAAGGGCCGCAUGGUGAAGAUUCCCUGGCACCUGGUGGGCGAGGUGCGGCUGCCGCCCGCGAAGAGCGAGUAGUUAUC